AUGAAUAAACGUGACUCCGUUGAGCUUGAUGUUCAGUCGACAAGCGAAUCUCUUCUCGAUGAAUCGCCACUUGGUGUCCAUAAUAUAGUGGAAACGUCAAAAGCAGGAUCUGGAAAUGCAUCUAUGGUCAAGAUCAAAACUGAGGAUGAUAUUAAAAUGGACUUCGAAAUGCUAGAAAAAAUUGAAGCAGCUAAAAAAGCAUGGGAUCACAGUAUCUCUUCUGCAUCUGCAUCUAUACAGACAUCCCAGUGGAAUGCAUCAGUAACGAACGAUGAAAAUACCGAGUCAUCGGAGGUUUCGGUUGUGGAUCAAAUUUCUAUACCUUCACCUGAACCUGAGGAAAGCUCCGAACCUCUUGUUACAACACCUAGAUUUAAAAAGCCUAUCGCUGGUGGACAACAAAAUGCUUGUAAAGUAAAAUCACAACAGCAGCAACAGCUUGUGAAACCUCAACUUGUUCCUUCUGAAGUACCCGAGGAAUACCCGACUACGACUACAGGACCAGUGUUAGAGAGUCCAGCUAGUUACACCGUACAACCACAGCAAGCGGCUAUCUUCACCUCAAAACCAGCACCUCAAGGGUUUACAUAUUCCUUUGAGCAACAAACACUUGUCCCAAUUAGCCAUCAGUAUGUCCAAACAGAUAUGUCGAGCAUACAGCGACAUCACGUUUCACCUGUGCGGCCACAGACACUACAUGCCGCGUCACAAUCACCCCCACAACGUGCGGCAACGUACCCACAGGGACAAUCUGUCAGUACGCCAUCACCACUCUCCCAUCAACCUUUAAUACAAGAUAGCUAUCGCGCAUUGAUGCAACCAACUGCCUUGGAUUCGACAAAUACAUAUGCAGGCAAUCAGUAUUUCCGUAUAUCAGUUGUAAGACCUGCAGCCCCACCCCAAUUUCCGGCGACGAUCAGCGAAGAUAUCAGCAAUUCCAUGUACACUGUACAAGCUCCAAAAUCUCAAAAUCCAAGCCAUGGUUAUGAGACUGCAACAACCCAACAAGUUUUCUUACCAGUUGAACAACAGCCUUACCCAGACUACGUGCAACCACAGCGUCAACACCCUGUAGGAUUUUGUAGUAAUAACACAAACCAAGGGAAUAUCGGUGGUAUGGCGGUACACGUGCCCAAAUCAGUGACAUUCCCUUCAAGUGAUAAACAAGUACAGCCCCAGCGUGAUAGUCGAGCACCGUCAGGACGACAGGAACAACAAUACAUGAAACAUGUCCAUGCUAAACCAUUUCAACCUCCAACUAGUGGCCCUUCCGGAAGUGCUACCCACCAGAUUGCCCCCAACGUUCGCCAGGUACCAACAGUGUCAGGACAAAGUAAUGUAACACCUGCUUAUCACGUGAACAAUGCCGUGUUGUCCAUGCAGGCCACUGGUGCUACAGCAUUGCAAGGCAGCGUAUCGUCUAGCGCUCACACUGGGACAUCGCCGAUUGUAACACCAGCUCAUGCAUUACCCGUUUCCCGCUUGAGUUUCCACCAAUUUCCAGGUGCUGUGGGUUCGUUUUCAUGUCAAGUUCAAGUUCCUGUACAGCAAUUAACACCAACCAACUACCCUGCUGGGCUCACCUACAAAACCACUGGCCCCAGCUACCCCACCACCACGAGUGUUGCCAACCAACCUGGCGUACUUGUACAUAAACCAGCAUCCAUGAUGAGGCAAUUAGUGACAGCUGGUCGCGGCGCACCAGUUCCUCACCGAAUGCCAGAACCAAUACAAAGACCCAACAAAGUCGGGUACCAUCUAAGUACCCUAAAAGAAAAGCAGUUGAAUCCGCAACCACGAUUAAAAACUGUUCAUCCGAUGCCAAGUCGAAGGGCUUUUAAUCCAGUCGGUGCUGCCCAACCCCAAAUAGCAGCGUACCAGUUUCAGGCCUUACCCAGACCUCAGCAACAAAUACAACCACAGCAGCACCAACAGCAACAAAUGUUCAGAAAUCAGCAACAUCAACAGAUGUUAAGCAACGUGCAACAAUUCUUCGCCGAAGAUAAAGAAAUCGAGCAUCAAAGAAAACAAAAACAAGCGAACCAAAAACGAGAACCGGUUGCUACCACAACAACUAACAGCAGUGGCGACAAGCAGAAGAAACGUAGGCAGCAGAUACCGGACAGAAGAAGCAUCCGUACUGCGCAAAUUCCCCCUCAAAACAGAGCAAAGCCAAGCGGUCCGAAACAAGAGCUUAUUCAGCAGCAAAUGGUAGGAGUUACUCCUUCCAAGAACGAGACAGAGAAAGUCCAGCCACGUUUGGAUCUAAAAACGGAGCCGGUUGAAAUAAAGAACUAA